AGUACGCCGUCGGUUUGCCGAAAUAUGGCACCUCUUGGAAAGCUUGACGAAUACGACGAAAAACAACAGAAUUUUGACUCGUAUUUAGAGCGUUUCGAGCACUUCGUUAGCGCAAACGACAUCAAACCAGAAAAGAAGCUAGCGGUGUUCUUGACCGUUAUAGGACCUCGAGCUUACGAAGUUCUGAAAAGCUUGGUCGUACCGGCAGUACCGGGAGAUAAGUCGUUCGAAGAAGUGAAAGUUUUGCUGAAAAACCACUAUAGCCCGAAGAGCUCGGUCAUAGCGGAAAGGUGCAAAUUCAACAGACGUGUACAAGAGGAACAGGAGAGCGUUGAAGAUUUCAUUGUAGCGCUAAAGCAUUUGGCAAGGAAGUGUGACUUUGGCCAGUUUCUGCAAGAUGCUCUGAGGGACAGGCUUGUGGCGGGAAUACGGCGCGAAGAAACGCAACGUGCGCUAUUCGCCGAAGAAAGCUUAACCUUCGAAAGGGCAUGCAAGAUCGCAUUGGAUCAAGAGCAGGCGGCACGACAGACAGCGUUACUACACGCCGGAAGCAAAGACGCGUCGUUGAACGAGAUAAGAGCGAACCAGAAAGAUAACGUCAAUAAGCGUGACGUUCGAAAACACAAGCAAAGCAAGAAGUCUUGCGAAAGAUGUGGAAGGGCGCAUGCGGCAAGCAAAUGUUGGUACAAGAAUGCUACGUGUCACAAGUGUGGCAAGUUAGGCCAUUUGCAAAAAGUGUGCUCGAACGAGAAAAAGGGACUCAAGAACGCGAAUGCAGUGGACUGCUCGGAGGACGAUUCAGAACUGGACGUCUAUCACUGCCUUAACACGGUGCGUUCGGGUUAUGAAGUGAAAGUCAAUGUUGAAGGGGCGGACGUUUUCAUGCAAAUUGAUACAGGAGCGGCUGUAACAAUUGUUCCUGAAAGUGUUGCGAAAACCGUGUUCCCUCAUGUCAAGUGUGAGCCAUCUCGGGUAAACCUAAAAACGUACACGGGUGAACGAAUCCCGGUAAAAGGGCAAUGUGACGUUUCCGUCACAUACGAAAACCAGACUUUGAAACUGCCCGUUAUCGUCGUCGAUAACCAAGGCAAGAAAUUGCCGUUGCUCAUGGGGCGGAACUGGCUUGAGAGGCUCAGACUUGAUUGGAAAAGCGUCAUGUCACUGGAGCAUGUAACUGAUUCACACCGAAUAGAAGCGCUGCGUAACAAGUUCCCGACAGUAUUUUCUAAUCAGUCUAGUGUCACGAACAACUAUCAAGCGAAGAUAGUUCUAAAACAAGAUUGUACGCCGGUUUUUUGCAAGGCGAGACCGGUGCCUUACGCGUUACGCGAUAAGGUUGGAGAAGAGCUGGACAGGCUAGAGAAGAGCGGGGUUUUACGCCGCGUAAGUCACAGUGAGUGGGCGACUCCGGUAGUUGUAAUUCACAAGAAAGAUGGAUCACUCAGGUUGUGCGGGGAUUACAAAGUAACGAUCAACCCUGUACUAAAAACCGACCAUUACCCACUGCCGCGACCUGAAGAUCUGUACACUGCCAUCGCAGGUGGCAAAGUGUUUUGCGUGCUGGAUCUUUCUGCUGCGUAUCAGCAGGUACCGCUGGCUGCCGAGUCCAAACCACUUUUGACUAUAAACACGCACAUGGGGUUGUUUCAGUUCCAACGCCUACCGUUUGGUGUGGCCAGUGCGCCAGCCAUUUUUCAGUCCUUCAUGGACGAGGUGCUUAAAGGCAUACCUCAUGUGGGAUGCUACAUUGAUGACGUCAUCGUGUCUGGAAAGGACACCCAGGACUGUCAAAAGACGCUGGAAUGCGUCUUGCGUCGACUUCGUGACUACAAUGUCACUUUGAAAACGGACAAGUGCCGUUUUUUCCAAAGCUCGGUGACCUACCUGGGUCACACGGUGAGUGCCGAUGACAUUUACCCGACAGAAGCAAUGACAAAGGCUAUCACAGAAGCGCCCGAGCCCACCUGCGUAACGGAACUGAAGGCGUAUUUGGGGAUGCUAAACUUUUACGCUAAGUUUCUCAAGAAUGUUUCGUGCGUAGCUGAACCGCUUUAUCGGUUGUUGAAAAAGGUGAAAAGUGGUCGUGGACUCGGAAGUGCAGCGAGGCCUUUGCUGCUACGAAGCAGUUGCUCGUAAACAGCCAG